AUGAUGACGGCCGCCUUCGGCGAUGAAUCGGCUAGCUCCAUGAGCCUUCUUCCGCCAAUUGAGGGCUCUGGCGGCGAUACCGGGGAGGAUGUAGAUGGAAACCCACGAGAGGCGGCGCGACUACUGGAGGAGGAAAACCCCCAUCAUCAGCCGUCCUACAACGGCCAACGCCACGAGCAGCAAGACGUGCCAGGCAGGCAACUCAUGGAAGACAGGUGGCCCAGCGGACAAUACUCCUCCUUGACAACGGUACCACCAGGUGGUGCUAGUGGUGGCAGCCCCAACGUAGCUUGGCAAGAUCCAAACACUACCACAAGUGCUGGCGAAGGAGACAGCGACGGCAUGGUUACUCCCGGACAGGGCCAGGCCGGACUAGCCCCGCUUGACGAGCAACCUCCCCCGGAUCCGUUUGCGAUGGAGAGGCCGCCGAUCGCCAACGGCGGGCGGGGGGGGGGGGGCGCCGUGGGAGGUGAAAUUCGCGCGAAGCCCCCAGUCGCACCACGGCCGGCAAGGAGGGAAUGGAACCUGACCACGACCAAGCCGUCUCCGAAGCUCUCGUCCACCGCGGUUGGCGCUACCGGCGCCGCGAACGGCCACAUUUCCAGCGAUGGCAAGGGCGUCGGUGUGGCGGGAGUAGGAGGUGGGAGCGUGGCAGGCGGUGGGGGUGUGGGCCUGAAGCCCCCCAAGUGGUUGCCCGACGAGGACACUUCGUCGUGCUCGGGAUGCGGGCGAGAUUUUGAUUGGGCGAGACGAAGGCACCACUGUCGCCUCUGCGGAGGCAUCUUCUGCUAUGCGUGCAGCCAGUUCCGCGCGUUGUUGCCGCGAUCGUUCGGGUCCCGAGACCCUCAGCGCCUUUGCCAGCCCUGCAACGCUAGGGUUGCGCCGCUGCAGGAGAUGCUGGCCGAGAGCGUUAGCAACGCCGUCAAGGAGAACGAUGUGGAGCGGGGAACCGUGGCCUCUUACCUCAACCGCCCGAUCGUCUUCACGCUGGGAGCCGAGGUUCGGAAGGCCGCGUACACCAUCCACAACUUCUCCAAAGAGGGCAUGAUUCAAGACCAGUCCAUACCGCAGGAACUUCUUAGCCGCGCCAAAGGACUCGCGUUCCUGACGGUUAUCAAAGGGGGGUUUAUCGUUGCCGGCCGUGUGGGCACUGGCCUGGUCAUCUCCAAGACGGACGAGGGAGUGUGGUCCGCGCCCUCCGCCAUAGCGACGCUGGGCAUGGGCUGGGGCGCGCUCAUCGGGGGCGAGAUCACCGACUUCGUGCUGGUGCUCAACACGGAUGCAGCCCUGGAGGCCUUCUCAGGAAGAGGUCAGGUGUCCAUCGGCGCAGAGCUUAGCGUGGCGGUCGGUCCCGUGGGGCGCACAGGGGCUGGCAAUGUCAGCGUCGCGGCGGAGGGCGUCGCUCACGCUUAUUCUUACAGUCACAGCAGAGGCCUGUUUGCAGGUCUGAGCCUGGAGGGGGGAGUGAUCGUGUCCAGACCGGACGUGAACAGAAAAUUUUAUGGCCGACAAGUUUCCGUGAGGGACCUCCUUUCUGGAAGCGUAGCGCCUCCACCAGCGGCCCGGCCUCUAUACGAAGCUCUAGAUAACAGGGGGCCAGGCGCCGACCAACAGCGGCUCCUUUCGCAAGGAUUUCGGGUAGGCUAGAAAUACGAGGGGGGGAUCAACGGCAGGGCGUAAGCUGGUCCCUAAGGAUUCGGGUGGGCUACAUGCACGGGAGAAAACGUUUCCAUGUCAGAGGGCGGGUUCGGUCAAAUGAAUCGUAGCGGUUCCGGUGCAAAUCGGACGGGUUACCGUUACCUGGGCUUCUUCGGUGUUGAGCUUGUGGCCUUUGCGUAGAUCGGAAAGGAAUUCCAACCAUCUGCGAAGAAAGUUGCUCAACAGUCACGCCCGCGUGAGAUGUGGCGCAUUUAUUUCGAACUUUUUUUACUGCCGGAUGAUGAAAGACUCGCCAGGCACUAUACUGUUGAAUAUUUCUCGGCAUGUUUCAGUCGAUGCACACGGAUGUGCUGCACGCGUGGUGUUGGUGUACCGUACGAUAUCUCCGUAGAUGUGAUUUUAUUACAUGCGGUUGUGGAAGAAAGUGAGGGAGAAGCGUACAUGUUCCAUCAGAAUGUUCCAUCAGAAAUGAUGCGUUGGCGGUGUUAUUCUUGGUUGUGUUGCAAGUGUUCCUUGUGUUUAUGUUUUGCAUAUCGUUUGGUGGAGUGGGCAGGCCCCGCCCGGCGGCCAGGAUGGCCCAAUCGCGGCGUGGGAGCUGUCGUUGUCGGUGUAUGGACUGUGGUGCUGCAUGCCGUGAGAGGUAC